AUGCCGAUCUGUAUUAAGAAACCGCGAAUCUUCACGAAGGAAUGUACUAUGCCCCCCUUCGCCGCUCCCCCACACCUCGCCUGCACGUCAAACGAAAGAAGACAUCAUGCCGGUCCGCGCCGAGGGAACACGAAUUUCGACGAAGGGGAUACGCUACGUCCCCCUUCGCAGCCAUCCCCCAUCACCCCACGUCCCCAUCUCCGACUUCCAGCAUCAAAGCGACCACAUUUUGGCGUCUUUAAGGGCCUAUCAUCGUGCGACAGGCCCACGCUAGGCAAGGGGGGAAGGUCGAUGAGACCGACGGCACAUCGGGAAGCUGGGGGUGGGGGUGGCAUGCGCGUCCACGCUCGCUCACGAGGCCACCGACCUCAAUGCUUUGAGGAGGAGAAAGCCGUGCUAUGA